GUUAAAUAAAUCGGAUUUUAUCGAAAGUUCAGCUAUUAUAUGUAAAAGGUAUAUCAAAUUUAAGUGUUUCCCAUCAAAACGAUUCGUAAUAACGUAGUUUUUUUAAAGGAAUACAACCCAUUUUCCUGUAUUGAAUCAUAUGGGAGACAAAGCAAUCUGUCAACAUUCUACGUCGCUUUUAUUGACAUUUGCAUAACCUGUUUCCAUUGGUCCGUGUACAGCUGUUUUUGACGCCUGUCUUAAUUAUUAAAACUUACAAUCACGAAUAACAGAUGGCAGCAGUGUAACAACAACAACAAAUAAAAUAAGAGCUUUUAAUCCAAAAUUGUUACAACGUUUGCAUUCAAAUUAAAUAAAUUUUACCACUUUUAUCUGGCAUUGAUGGAAUUUAAAGAGGUAAUUAAAUAAACCAAUAAAAGUUAUUGUAUUGACUCUCAUUCUUACGAUGUAGGAUGUGUUAUGACUAAUGACAUCGUUGCCAUAGUAACGUCGCUUUGUUUGGUAGUCAAGUGGUCUUGUCGAUACUUAAUAAUUUCUUUCUCAGCUUUUAUAUUAAGUUUGAGUUCGAAAUAACUUGGGCGUUAUAUUAAAUAUACAAAGUAAUACAACAUGGAUUCAGAAAUCCUACUGGCUCGUGAGAAUGAAUUCAAAAAAUUAAAUAUGCAACUGGAAAAGAAAUCCGAGAAUUUACUGAAACGAAUCGAAAAUGCCGUGGAAAAACGAGAUAUAUUUUCUGAUUUUUUAAACAACUCGACAUUAACAGAAAAGCGAUCACACAAACGAGGUUUUAUUAAAGAUAAUUUGAGAAGUAAAACAGAAAACCAAAUAAAAAAUGAUGAUUUGAAAUUAGAAAAUAUAAACUUGGUAGUGAAAGAGGGAAAUGAAUUUAAAAAUGGAAUGCACGAGAAAUGCACUCACACAGAAGACUGGCUGGAGAGAAAGUGUGAUUGUAUAAGUAAAAAAAAUAAUGAUUUGGAAUUUUUGUAUGCCUUUGUAUCUGUUAAUGUUAAGAAUAAUGUCCUGCCGCCAGCUUUUUUAAAAGAUAAAGUGACGGUGGAGAGAGUAUGUAAGUUUCUGUCGGCGAAAGUGAAUUUAAUGCAAGAGCAAAUAAAUAAUCUGCAAGCGGCCAUAGACAAAAAGGUGACGCAGUGUAACAAACAUAUGACCCAACUAGCCGAGUUUGAGGCAGAGAGACUGUCUUUAUUGAACAGAGACAACAACAUGAAGAGUGAGAUAGCUGAUAUUAAAGCCAAAUACAGCGUGAUGCAAAAUAAACUUAAUGAAAAGGAACGUCUCUUCAAAGAACAAAGAAGUGUAACAGACAAACUUACAAAUGACUUGAAGCAGAUCAGGUCUAGGAACACUGGCGUCGAAGCUCGGUGCGCCUCGCAGGAGGAAGUCAUUUCAACGCUGAAACAACAACUGGAUACAGCUAAGAUUACAGAAAAGGAAUUCCGCGAGUCAAGCCGCAGUCUCUCAGCCUCACAACAAAACACUAUCAGCCGGCUGGAGGCCAGGGUGAGAGCUCUCACUGUGACGGUUGACAAGCAGACCUCGCUCGCAGACAACCUCAGGAAACAAAACGUCCUGCUACAGACAGAGGGCGCUCUGAUAGCAUUCGAAAAAGAAUAUUGCGAUUUCUUGAAGCAGGACCUGUGAUAAUAAAAAUAUCUAUUAAAAAAAUACCUUU